CAAAUCCACGUCCACUGUUCCUCCACUUGGACGUCUCCAGUCUCAUAGUAUCCCUUCUCCCCAGAUAACCAUGACUUGUGGAUCCUACUGUGGUGGCCGAGCCUUCAGCUGCGCCUCAGCCUGCGGGCCCAGGCCAGGCCGCUGCUGCAUCUCUGCAGCCCCCUACCGCGGCAUCUCCUGCUACCGUGGACUCUCCGGGGGCUUCGGCAGCCACAGCGUCUGUGGGGCCUUCCGCUCCGGCUCCUGUGGAAGAAGCUUCGGAUACCGCUCUGGAGGAGUCUGUGGGCCCACACCCCCCUGCAUCACCAGUGUCUCUGUCAAUGAGAGCCUGCUCACACCCCUCAACCUGGAGAUCGACCCCAAUGCUCAGUGUGUGAAGCAUGAGGAGAAGGAACAGAUCAAGUGCCUCAACAGCAAGUUCGCAGCCUUCAUCGACAAGGUGCGCUUCCUGGAGCAGCAGAACAAGCUGCUGGAGACCAAGUGGCAGUUCUACCAGAACCGCAAGUGCUGCGAGAGCAACGUGGAGCCCCUGUUUGAGGGCUACAUCGAGACCCUGAGGAGGGAGGCUGAGUGUGUGGAGGCUGACAGUGGGCGGCUGGCUGCUGAGCUCAACCAUGCGCAGGAGGCCAUGGAGGGCUACAAGAAGAGGUACGAGGAGGAAGUUUCUCUGAGAGCCACAGCUGAGAAUGAGUUUGUGGCUCUGAAGAAGGAUGUGGACUGUGCCUACCUGCGCAAAUCAGACCUGGAGGCCAAUGUGGAGGCUCUGACCCAGGAGAUCGACUUCCUGAGGAGGCUGUAUGAGGAGGAGACCCGAAUCCUCCACGCCCACAUCUCAGACACCUCUGUCAUCGUCAAGAUGGACAACAGCAGGGACCUGAACAUGGACUGCAUCGUGGCUGAGAUCAAGGCUCAGUAUGAUGACAUUGCUACCCGCAGCCGGGCAGAGGCCGAGUCCUGGUACCGCACCAAGUGUGAGGAGAUAAAGGCCACAGUGAUCCGGCACGGGGAGACCCUGCGCCGCACCAGAGAGGAGAUCAAUGAGCUGAACCGCAUCAUCCAGAGGCUGACAGCUGAGAUUGAGAACGCCAAGUGCCAGAACACCAAGCUGGAGGCUGCAGUGACCCAGUCUGAGCAGCAGGGAGAGGCCGCCCUCACUGAUGCCCGCUGCAAGCUGGCUGAGCUGGAGGCUGCCCUACAGAAGGCCAAGCAGGACAUGGCCUGCCUGCUCAAGGAGUACCAGGAGGUGAUGAACUCCAAGCUGGGGCUGGACAUCGAGAUCGCCACCUACAGGCGCCUGCUGGAGGGCGAGGAACAGAGGUUGUGUGAGGGCGUUGGCUCGGUGAAUGUGUGCGUGAGCAGCUCCCGAGGUGGCGUCGUCUGUGGAGAUCUCUGCGUCUCCGGUACUGCCCCUGCUGUCAACACCAGAGUGUGCAGCGCCCCCUGCAGCGGCAACGUGGUGGUGGGCACUCCUAAUGCCUGUGGCCCCUGCGCUGGGGCGGGCUCCUGCAGUGGAGGCUGUAAGAAGUGCUAGGAAGCCUAAAUGCUGUCACCCCCACCCUGCCCAAGUGACUGCACAGAGGGACAGUGGCCUCAGCACCUCCAUCCCAUUCUGUAGCCUUCCCUAGCAACUUGGUUUGGGGAUUCUUGCUUUUAUU